AUGGGAGCGCUCCGUGUUGGCCUUGUUUUGGUUCUGUGUUUGUGCACCGGGUCGCGAGGCGUGCAGGUGAAGGUCGGAGACAGGAGCUUCCCGCUGGAAGCAGUGAAGCAGCUGAAGGAGCUGAUGGGUUUAGACGACGGUGUCAGCCCUCAUCUGGCUGAGACAAGCGUCGCCGCCGUUUGCACCGACCCUCUGCUCCCACAGGUGUUUCAGCCGGUGUGUCAGGAAAAAGGAGCUGGAAUUGUUCUGUCAAGACUCGUGUACAUCAUCACGCCUAUAGACCCUUGUGAAGUGUGCGCCUACCCCUCCUGCUAUGGAUGUCUAGUGUGAGACUGCCAUCUGCUACGCAC